ACCUUCGCCGAUGUGAGCGAACCGCUCGCUCUAACCUUGUUUAACCUUCUGCCUCUCAGGGAUGGACGCACAUGUGAAUGUUCUUGCGCCCGGCAUUUGACCGAAAAGGCCUUUGUUGUAUGAGGCGUCACACUUUUUUCCUUCAGUAAGAAAAGUCUUCGACAUUGUGUGUGGACCUGGCAGCAUCAGUGCAACUCUACUAGCGGGUGGAUUGAAAUACUUGGACACAAGCCAUGAAGAAACAAGAGACCAGCUGUGAACUCUUGGGACUGCAGUGAUUAAACGUGGCUGCAUAUUCAUUUUGUGGGUGGGACUUCCUCCUAAAGGGAACAGAAAGCUUGCGAAACCCCUCCAUCGCCCAUGUUGACUAACUAACCAACUCAUUCUGAGGAUCGCAGCUUAUCCUUCUACGGUCAUCAAAAAUUUUUUUAACCACCCAAAAAGGCUUCCUGAACCAUGACCAGCGUCACUGGCCCCUGCCUUUGACAUCAAGUGCUGCCGGAUUUAACGUUAGAGAAGAGACCCUGCGCAGAGCCGAAAGAUGAACGGGAUGUCGGAGAUGUCCAUCAAGUGCGUGCUGGUGGGAGACACGUAUGUGGGCAAGACAGCCCUGCUGGUACGCUUCACCUCGGAGACGUUCCCGGACUGCUACAAGCCCACGGUGUACGACAACACGGGCGUGGAGGUGUUCAUGGACGGCGUGCAGAUCAGCCUGGGCCUGUGGGACACGGCCGGCAACGACACCUUCCGGCAGAUCCGGCCCAUGUCCUACCAGCAGGCCGACAUCGUGCUGCUCUGCUACUCGGUGGCCAAACCCACGUCCUACGCCAGCGUGCGGCACAAGUGGAUCCACGAGGUGCGGGAGCACCUGCCCCAGACGCCGGUGCUGGUGGUGGCCAUGCAGACGGACCAGCGCGAGAUGGGCCCGCACCGGGGCCAGUGCCUCAGCUCCGCCGACGGCAAGCGCCUGGCGCAGGACAUUCGGGCUAAGGGGUACCUGGAGUGCUCCUCGCUUAGCAACCGGGGCGUGCAGCAGGUGUUCGAGUGCGCCGUUCGGACGGCUGUCAACCAGGCCCGCAAGCGGACACGCCGGAGGAUUUUCGACGUCAACCAGUGCAAAAUAUUUUGAUCCGCUGUCUGCCG